CGGCUACCAAACAAAUAAACCUGUCUUUUAACUUUAAAACAGCAGUGGGAGUGCCAACAAGCGAUCAGGGGGAGGGAUGUACAAACAGAGCCCUUCUUCCUCCUCUUGACCUCUGGAAAACGAUGGACGUGCUGCUUCCUUCUAAAUUUAGACACUUAUUUGUGUCUGUGCACUAUGCGCUUCAAACUGCAGUUCUUGUUUAUGUCAAUAGUUUAGGCCUAGUUCGGUCGAAGCGAGGUGACAGACCCUCGCUGGUCUCCGUUGGCACUAUGAGCGACAGCUCGGUCUGACGGACGCGCACAUCACAGUAACGGUACCUUUCAUGUUUACGAGACUCGGAAAGAGACGUAAUGGCGCAGGAGAAUAAUAGUCAUUUCCUAACUAUCCCCUCACAAGAGGAUCUUUUCAGGACUGUGAGGCCAGAGCGUUUCGAAGACAACAGUAAUGAUGAGGAUGAGGAAGAAACGGAGGAAGACGUCAGGCUAAUACCGAGGUCUUCUCCUAUUCCCAGAAAGCGAGGCACUUCGAUUGCGGAUGAAACCGCCGAGUACAUGCGAAUUCGCCUGGCGUUACCGACCAGAAGCGUGUCGUUUGCAGACAGUUCGGGAGCCGAGCUGGUCGAUGUCAGAUUGUUUGUCCCGUUUGAUUCAGAUGACGAGGACGAUGCAAGAUGGGAGGAAGAGAAGGCGCGGUACCGAAAAGCCUACCGUGAGCCCACUUACCGUGUGUGGCCGGAGUUCCAGCCGCUCACCGGAGCAGAGCUCGUGCACGCUGUCCACAGCAACAAGCUGGAAGUGGAGAGCGUGACAUCUGUGCCAGACGAGCCUCUGUCAUUCGAGGUGCUUAUUCGUGUGCUCAACAUUUCUUUUAAAAAAUCAGUUUAUGCCCGGUCCACGAUGGAUGGUUGGAUCAGUCACUUUGAUUACCCAGCCGAGUACGUCCAGGGCUCAAACGAAGGCGAAACGGACAAGUUCUCCGUGAAACUGGCCUUCGCUUCACCGUAUCUGUUCAACGGAGCGCGGAUUGAUUUUGUUUUGCGCUAUGAGACGGCAGAUGGAGAGUUUUGGGCAAACAACUCAGGCAGGAAUUACUCGGUUACUCUCUUACAGUCAUUUGAAGACGACACAAUCCUGACCACCACAGAGGACACAACAGAGCUGAGAGGGAUCCUGAAACCUCCCAGAUACAGAGCUGACAUUGGUUUUGACGACUCUGAUGACAGAGAAGAAGAUGCAGAUCUGAGCAGCACUAAGUGUGAAGCAGCAGAGAAUCAAGCGUCUUCUGCACAGCCGGUUACAGUCCAGCCAGAGAUCGACAUCGAGACUGCCAAGAAUUCGUCCAUUUCUCCAGAAUUCACCAGAACCUCCUCCACAGCUGGAUGUCCUCAGUUCACUUUAGAUACUCCCCCUGGAGAACCACUUGCACUAGAAUCAAUGUCAUCCAAUAGUUUACCACAAACAGAAGAGUCUGGACUUCAGCCGUCAACUCUAUCCGUCCCCCAGUCGCGUUCAACACAGCAGUUCUCUGAGCCACAAGAUCAAUUCUAUAAUGUUGGUCCUUCCUUGCCCCUUCCCCUUCGUUCAGUCCUCGUACACCAUUAUGAUCACCCAGAGACAUCCAAGGAUGAAUUUGAGGAUUCAAGUAAACCUGACCAAUCCCUUCAUCCACAAAAGGAUUAUUUUCACAGUGAUAUGUUAGCGCAAGUGCCUUUCGAGUUAGGCCAACCAUCACUGGCUGGGCUUCCAGACAUGCCACAAAUCCAGGAAGAAGGUAUGCAGAAUGUUAAGGAUAGGACAGAUGUUAAGGAAAAGGAUGACAUAUUGACAGAUGUGCCUGAAGAACCGAGUAGGAAUGCAGAAGAAGAUAAAACAGGGACUUACUUUCACAUGUUGGAAGAAGCCAAGCAGCUUCUUGCAUCAAAUGAGGUAAACAAUGCCGUUAAAGAUCUGGAAGAGUGCAAUUUAUCAGAGGGAUCACAGCCCCCCCUGGAGGAAGGAAUUCUAGAACAGAAACUAGAACUUGUCUCUUCAGUCCCAGUCGAGACCACUAAGACAACUGAGGUGGAAAGUACCAAGAUGGAUGAGGAGGAAACAGAUGGUUUGGUACCCUCUCAUUUAGGUCCCACAAGAAAGGACAAAGAAUCUCAAAGUUUUCUCAUCCAUCCAGUCUUUAAUAAGCCAGAAACCAUACAACAUCAGCAAGAGGAAGGACUUGUCUUGGAUCCCAGCAUGUUGGCCUCAGUCCUCCCUGAUGAUCCACACCUUGAUAACCAAACUGUUUCCAUGUGUAUUCCAGAGCAUCCAGUGAGCAAACCAGAAAAGCCAGAGCUGAUCAGCAUUUCUGAAACAUUACCAACAGCCUUCAAUCUUCAACCUUCAACUGUUAACUCUUCAGAAGAUGAAUUAAUUUUUGAGGGUGGUGAACCUUCUACUGCUCCAUAUCAGACAUGUGAAGACCCUGGAACCCUGCACACACUGCCCAGACACGGCACUAAACUAUCUCAAAUAUCAAAGGAUGCGACUCUGGAGACAUGUCUGGUGGUCCCUGCAACCUUCUUCACUGUUGUUAUUUGCCUGGCUGUUGGGAUUCAAGAGCCCAGCUUUUUUCUGUGGGUGGGAUUAUUCCUGUUUCUUGUCUAUAAAUAGAUAGAUCUAUGUUUUAUCAAUCUAUUAGAUUCCUUCUAAUUUCUAUGCCAGCCAGCUCUCAGAUCAGUUUUUUUCUAAAAAGCCUUAAGACUUUUCCUUCUUACUUUUCCCCCAGUGCCUUGAGGAAUUCCAAAGUGUGUGUGUGUAUAUUCAGACUUCUAGUAUAAAAUCUGCAAUGGUUUAUUUACAACCAAAUAAAUAGUUUGAAAAAGCAGUUUGUGUUUUAGCUGAGUGACAUCACUGUGUACCUCAUACAAGACUGGCCAAUUAAAAUAUGGCUCAGCUCAUUGAUUCAUACUGACUAAAAUGUCUGGUAUGUCUAUAUAUGUAUGUGCAUACAGUAGCUACUGAAGAUUACAUUUGACUUGUUUUGUA